GUUCUGAAUCUUGAUUUAAUUUGAUCGAAGCACAUAUGAAGUAAUGUAACCUAUAUGCAAACAAAUUCAGCGAUAUGAAGAAAAGUUAAAAUACAUUUAUUUACUUGUAAAUUUUGUUUUAUAAAAUAGUUGAAGUAAAGAUUAUUUAUUUCUCUACCUAAAAUCAUUCAGCGAUUCGUAUAACUGUCAACUAAUAAAAAUAUAUCUUCAAAAAAAUGAUGCAAGCAUCCAGGAACUUGGGACGCAUUUUACUCUCGACAUGGCAAUCCGUGUCUGUAACGCCAGUGGCUGGUGUAAAGGUCUUUCCUCCGCCAAUAAAGUUUGGCAAAAUUGAAUAUCCGGAGCGAUCGAGACUCAAAAUAAUGGAGAGGGUUCCACAGUUUCCAGCUGGAAUGCGCCCGCCCAAGAUGCAAAAGCGACUAAGGUACAUGCGGGGCCCGGAAGGGGUGCACAAUUUCCUCAUGUACCGGCAAUUCGGCAUCAUUGCUACAGGAGGAGGUAGAUUGAAAUACGGUCACUUUGAGAUGAUACGUUUGACAAUUGGUAGAAAACUCGAUCGAGAAAGGAUGUUUGCGAUUUGGCGUGUGGAUCCGCCAUGGCAACCGGUUACAAAAAAGGGUCAGGGACAUCGUAUGGGUGGAGGUAAAGGUCCUAUCGAUCACUAUGUCACUCCCAUUAAAGCAGGACGAGUCAUUGUAGAAAUCGGUGGCCAUUGCGAAUUUUUUGAGGUAGAGAAAGUAUUAACGCAAGUAGCAAAUCAACUGCCAUUCAAAGCCAUAGCCGUUAGUCAAGAGAUAUUGGAUAAAAAGGAAGCUGAAGAGAAAUGGUUGGAAGAAAAUAAUCAGCAUCUUUGGACUUGGAAAUAUAUGGUUCAGAAUAAUAUGCUCGGUUGCCAAAAAUGGAUAAGUCCGGUUGACAAAUUGUGGUUUAACAAAUAUUUGUAAAUAAUGAAUAUAUAUCUAACAGAGUA